AGCGCGUUGAAGUUAAUGCUGACGAUUGUUGACGGGGACCUAGUGGGGUGUCGCGGCCUAAGGAUCUCUGGGAGAGUGCCCACGGUGACAAGAUGAACUUCUUACGGGGCGUCAUGGGCGGCCAGAGCCCUGGACCUCUGCCGUCCGGUGCUGAUACGAUUCAAAAAUUAUGUGAUAGAGUGGCAUCUUCCACCUUACUUGAGGAUCGCAGAGAUGCUGUACGUGCCCUUAAAUCUCUUUCAAAGAAAUAUCGUUUGGAAGUGGGGAUUCAAGCUAUGUCUCAUCUUAUACAUGUUCUCCAAACAGACCGUUCAGAUUCUGAAAUAAUCGGCUAUGCUUUGGAUACCCUCUGCAAUAUCAUGUCCAAUGAUUUGGAAGAGGAAGAACAAGAAGAAAAUUCACAGAAACAAACAGAAGAUUUUGGCAGUCAGUUUACCGAAAUUUUUAUUAAGCAACAUGAAAAUGUCACUCUUCUGCUGACUUAUUUAGAGGAGUUUGAUUUUCAUGUCCGGUGGCCUGGAGUAAAACUUCUUACAGUGUUGUUAAAACAGCAAGGUCCCCAAGUGCAGCAGAUAAUCUUAGUCAGUCCUAUGGGAGUCUCAAGGUUAAUGGAUCUACUAGCAGAUUCUAGAGAGGUCAUAAGAAAUGAUGGUGUUUUGUUACUUCAGCAGUUAACAAAAAGUAAUGCAGCAAUCCAGAAAAUAGUUGCUUUUGAAAAUGCAUUUGAAAGAUUGUUAGAUAUCAUAACAGAUGAGGGUAAUAGCGAUGGAGGCAUAGUAGUGGAGGACUGUCUUCUGUUGCUACAAAAUUUGUUGAAAAAUAACAAUUCAAAUCAGAAUUUUUUCAAGGAAGGUUCUUAUAUUCAGCGUAUGAAACCAUGGUUUGAAGUUGGUGAUGAUAAUGCUGGUUGGUCUGCACAGAAAGUAACCAAUUUGCAUUUGAUGCUGCAGCUGGUGCGUGUGCUGGUGUCUCCUACAAAUCCUCCUGGUGCCACCAGCAGUUGUCAAAAAACCAUGUUUCAUUGUGGGUUAUUACAACAGCUUUGUACAAUUCUGAUGGCAACUGGAGUUCCUGCUGAUAUUCUUACAGAGACCAUUAACACUGUAUCAGAAGUAAUUCGAGGAUCUCAAAUGAAUCAAGAUUACUUUGCUUCAGUAAAUGCACCUUCAAAUCCUCCAAGGCCUGCAAUUGUUGUGCUUCUUAUGUCAAUGGUAAAUGAGAGACAACCAUUUGUCCUGCGCUGUGCUGUCCUUUAUUGCUUCCAGUGUUUCUUAUACAAAAACCAAAAAGGGCAAGGAGAAAUUGUAUCAACUCUUCUACCUUCAACCAUUGAUGCUACUGGAAAUUCUGUCUCAGCUGGCCAACUUCUUUGUGGAGGACUCUUUUCUACAGAUUCUGUUUCAAAUUGGUGUGCAGCUGUAGCAUUGGCCCAUGCUUUGCAAGAAAAUGCCAUUCUAAAGGAACAGCUGCUACGGGUACAGCUAGCCACUAGUAUUGGAAAUCCUCCAGUGUCCUUACUUCAGCAGUGCACUAACAUUCUGUCUCAGGGUGAUAAGAUCGACAGACGGGGAAGCAAAGUGCAGACAAGGGUUGGAUUAUUAAUGCUGCUUUGCACAUGGCUAAGCAAUUGCCCCAUCGCUGUCACACAUUUUCUUCACAAUUCAGCAAAUAUUCCAUUUCUAACAGGACAAAUAGCAGAAAACCUUGGAGAAGAGGAGCAGCUGGUUCAAGGAUUAUGUGCUCUAUUACUAGGAAUCUCCAUUUAUUACAAUGACAAUUCACUUGAGAAUUAUAAAAAAGAAAAACUAAAGCAGCUUAUAGAAAAAAGGAUUGGAAAGGAAAUUUUUAUUGAGAAAUUGGGAUUUAUUAGCAAACAUGAAUUCUAUUCCCGAGCAGCUCAGAAACCACAGCCAAACUUUUCUAGCCCUGAUCAUAUGAUGUUUGAUCAUGAAUUUACAAAGCUGGUGAAAGAACUGGAAGGAGUUAUAACAAAGGCAGUUUAUAAGUCAAGUGAAGAAGAUAAAAAGGAAGAAGAAGUGAAAAAAACUUUAGAACAGCAUGACAACAUAGUGACACAUUAUAAAAAUGUCAUUAGAGUACAGGACCAGGAGCUUGAGGAAUUGAAGAAACAGAUAGAAUCAUUUAAAAUUCAAAAUGAACAAUUGCAGACAGCAGUUACGCAACAAGUUUCACAAAUCCAACAACACAAGGACCAAUAUAACCUCCUUAAAAUACAGCUAGGAAAAGACAAUCAACAUCAUAGUUCCCACAGUGAUAUGGCUCAGAUGAAUGGUGUUCAAUCAGAAGAAAUCAGCAAAUUGCACAUUGAAAUGGAAGAAUGGAAGCAUAAACUGGAAUUACUGCAAGAACAGCUAAGGGAAAAGGAUUCUUUGAUUGAAACCCUGAAACUUUCAACAACAAUGGAAGAAGCAACAGAACAAUCAUCACAAACUAAUAUAUCUACUGGAACUCAAUUAAAUAGUGAACUGUGUAAGGAAAUUGAAAACUUGAGGGCCCAAAUAAUCAAGCUUCAGGUUGAGAAAGAAGAACUUCAGAAAAUGUGUUAUUUGUUUUUUCAGAACCAGACUUCAGUUCUUGCAUCAGAAGACAGUAGUGCUGAUAUGGUAGGAAAGACAACUGACUUGGAAAGACAACUUUCAGUGAUCUUGCAGGAGAAUAAAGAAUUAAAGAAUGAAAUUGCAAGACUCAGUGAAGAAACAACUUCAUUUAAACAGCAAUUGGAAACAUCCAAUAGCACUGUAGCAAUUUUGAAAAAUGAAAAAAGUAAACUGCAGCAGGAAAUUGCAGAAUCUAAAAAAGAACAAGAUGAUUUUCUGGUUCUUCUGGCUGAUCAGGAUCAGAAAAUAAUUGGAUUAAAGAAUAAGCUCAAAGAACUUGGAGAACCGAUUGAAGAUGAAGAUGAUGUGGAUUUAGGUGAUCAUGGUGAGGAUGAAGAGGAGGAGGAGGAGGAGGAUGCAGAAGGAGAAGAAGAAAAUUAAUAGUACUUUAUUGGGUUAAAUAUGGAAUUUAGGAAUGCUUUGAAAUUUAGGAAUGUAUGAACCAAUCUGGAUGGCUUUGUGAUGCAAAACACCUUGAUAAAAGAAAAGAUCAUUAGAAAAUAUCCUCAAUUUCUUAAGUGUCAGUAAUAUAUUGUAGCUAAAUGGAAGCCUAGUAUGUUAAAUUUCAUGUUCAGAUCAAACUGAAUUAUUAACAAAUUAGAAACCAUUUUUGAAGCUGUAAGAAGGUAACAAUGUUGGAUUAAAAUGUGUUGCCUUUUGCAUAUUUUCAGAGUGUUUGUCAUUACUUAAUUUUCUUAUUUUGGAUUAUAUUGUGAUUAAAUAUGGUAUGCAUAUGGCUAAAAUCUCUUGAAUGAAAUUGUCUCCUGUAUUCAGCUUGGAGAGAUCUUACAUAUUUUUUUCUUAACACCUUUUACAAAAGAUUGAAAGUGAUGGUUUGGUUUGGUUUGGUUUGGUUUGGUUUGCUCAAGUUAAGUGGGUCAUAGUUUCCUUGCUUUCUUCUCAGUGGAUUUUGGCUUGAAAUGAAAUGAGCUGUUCAGCAUUAUUGAGUGCCUUGCAUCUGAAAUGGCUCCAUUCUGUACCUUGGAAGUAAAAGAAGUGCAACAGUACAGAGGGAUUUUCAAAGAUAAAGAGCAUUAUUUGAUAGUAUAUUAAAGAAACAUUUUCAGCAAAAUUCCCAUAUAAAAGUUUAAAGGAUAUCAGAUUAUUAUUUUGAAAACAUAUUUGUUUUAUUAAAAAAAAUCACAUUGUGAUUGGUGAUAAUUUAUUGAGGUUUUCUUUUUGCCCAAUAGAUUUUAAAAAGGAAAUAAAUAAAUACAGUUGCUAUAUCAACUUACUUUUUCAAUAAUGAAAAUAAAUAUAUACCUAUUUAGUAUCAUUUAUUUGACUGAGUUGUGAUUGCUUUUUAUUACGUUUUAAUGCUGUUUAUUUUACAUAGGCCUAAUAAGUUCAGAUUCAAUUUUUAAAAGUAUUACAGAAAAAAUACUGGGGUCGCCAUUUUUCAUCAGGGAAAGUGCACAACUGCAAAAAUUGGUUGCAAAAUAUGCUUACUCAGACCCUGGAAUGAUUUGGUAAAAAUAUCUAGCUAGAGGAGUGUGUGUGUAUGUAUGUGUGUGUGAAGAGGCUGAUCUUAAGAGUGCUUGCACAGCAGAAAAUGGCAAAAAUUUUACUUUUCCAGAAUCCCCAAAGCCUUAUCUGACGGUUCCCAAGAGAAUGCAGUCAGUCUAAUAGUCAUUGUAACAGUAAAGAAGUAACUUUGAUCAACUUGGUUUGGCCUGCUUCUGCUUAUAGCUGACAAAAUAAAUUUUACACCUUGGGCUUUUAUUUGCCUCCUAAUCACUCUUCUGCCUUUUGACUGCUCAUUCUGGUGCCGGGGUUAUUAGCAAGAAGCAAAUAAAUGUCUGUAUCUACAUUCACUGGAGAGGAAAGGACUGCAAGAAAGUAGACAGGCACACGAUAAUGAAUACAUAUUGCAGGAAAUGUUUUGGCACUGCCAAGCACAAGCCCACUACACAAACAGCUGGCCGCACAUCAGUUUGUGUGCCUGCUUUCUCUUUGUAAUUCCUUCCUAGCCAAUCUUUUUGCUUUGCAGAGGCAGAUCGGGCAAUAGAUCACAUACUGUAGAAAGAGAAGGAGGGAGGGAGGGAGAAAAAAAAAACCCAAGCAAUCUUUUUACACAAUCUUUCCAAUAUCUCUACUCUGCAAAGGUAGAAAUAGAGAAAAACAAGAGGUGAGGCACAGGACAAUGUGUAUUGAUUGUACAGGUAGUCCUCAUCUUACAACAGUUUGUUUAGUGACCAUUUGAAGUUACAGUGGCACUGAAAAAAGUGAUUUAUGACUGUUUUUCACACUUAAGACUGGCGGCAUCCCCUGGCCACGUGAUAAAAAUUCAGAUGCUUGGCAACUAGUUCAUAUUUAUGAUGGUUGCAGGGUCCUGGGGUCAUGUGAUUACCUUUUGUGACCUUCUGACAAGCAAAGUCAGUGCAGAAGCCAGAUUCACUUAACUGUGUAAUUAAUAACUGCAGUGAUUCACUUAGCAACUGUGGUAAGGAAGAUCAUAAAAUGGGGCAAAAUUCACUGAACAAAUGUCUUGCUUAGCAACAUAAAUUUUGGGAUCAGUUGAGGUUGUAAACUGAGGGCUACCUAAAAUGAAUCACAUGACUAAGGGACACUGCAAAGCUUUUAAAUGUAGGCAUUGGCCAUAAAAUUAUUUUUUUUCUGCACUGGUAAUCUUUUAACAGGGUUUUUUAGAAAAUAAGUAGGAUUUAAGUUGGUACUGCAUAAAGGAUGUAUUUAAGGUUCUCCCUUUUUGUACUUUAUUAAAAUACUAGUAAUAUAUGCUGACCUGCAGCAAAAUAAAUUGCAAUGCUACCUCAGUUUUGUAAUAUUUCUGUUUUGAAAUAAAAGUGUUUCUAAACUUUCUUAAUUUAAUCUGGGAUUGAUUUUAAUUUGUUGCCAAAGGUAGCUAAAUCCCAGGUGGCAAAAAAAUGCACUCUGAGUAUUAAAUCUUCUCCAUAGUACUAUGUAGAGUGAAAACUCUGGUUCUCUGUUGAAUGCUUUUGACAUUUAUCAAACUGGUUUAUAUAAAGUCAAAUCCAUCUAAUUUAGUUGGUUCUUCUGACUCACAACAACUCUGGAUGCUCUAAAGAUGAAUUUCCUUUUUUAAUUCCUCAGCAAUCCUCUUUAAUAGGAGAUGACAGAGAUUGGCCCUAGAAAAUUCCUUAUCCUGGUUAACAGCAAUGCUCCAGAAUCUUAAGCAAGCAAAAUAUGCAAUCUUGUUUUUUGUAAUUCAACAGGCAAUCUCAAGGGCUAAACAGAUUUGUAAUUCUUUUCUAGCUAAUAGUUGUUUGUAUUGUAAUCAAAUAUGCAACUUAUUGUCCUAUAGUUUGUCCAUGCUGUAUGUAAAUUAUUGUUCACUGAGAUUUUAGUUUGCUUCAUCAAAAUUUUCUUCAUUUAUUUAUGCACCCUUUUUUAUAAGAUGUAUUGCUAAAAAUAUUACCAUGGUCAUUGAAUAUUUGGUGUUAGCCAUUCCUACGGUAAUAACAGCAACAUACAUUUCAAGGCAUCUAGCUCAUACAUAUUUUUUUAGGAGAUAAUUUUUGCGGGAUAAAUAUAAAAAAGGUAAAUCAGAAUGAUCAUGUAUUAUCUUCCCCAUAGCUGUCUACGUUUGAAUUUUAAUGUAACUCAAGUGGACUGAGAAGUGAUAAAAAUGAAGAUAACAUGAGGGAGUCCUUCAAAAGAGGAGAUUAUAUUAUACCCCUAGGAUUUUGAUGUUUCUCACUUUGAUGCACAAUAUACUUGAAUCCUCUGUCACUAUUAUAUUUAUUUACUAAAAUAAAAUUUCUUCUAUUAAUGAAUCUUAAAAUAGAGUUCAAUACAGAACAAAAUAGCGUUGAUAGCACUUAAAGGAAAAUGUGGUCAAGAAACAGACUUAGCAAAUGUUCAGCAAUGCUCUUUAUUGCUGUAGGGUAAAUAACAGAAUAUUGAAAGCCUCUGUGCCUCAUCUUACACCAGACAAAAAUAAAGACAGAUGAUUUUGAAUUUCUCAGGCUUUCCUCUUUCUCAGGACUGAAUAUUCAUUUCUGAAACUCUUUAUCAGUUCAUUUAUUGUGGUGUCCUUAGUGUUUUGAGUUUGAUUGCUUCCAAACCUUUCAUUUCCCAACUAGGUAACAUCCUCAGUGCCAGUAAGCAUGUGAUUUGCAUCCUAUUCAUAUUCAGUGCCUUGUUCUGCCAGUGUGGAUGGGGUAUAUAUUUUUUUCUCCUUUGCAGUCUCUUGUUUAGAAUUUUGUCUUCUACUUGAUUGCGUGUUUAGUGUUAAUCGUUGCUUAUCUGGGUGAUUGCUAUGAAAAAAGUCUUCUGAUCUUAGUAUUGUUAUUGUCUCUUAAAUGAUGUAUAAAUGUGGUUAUCUCAAUGUGUCUAUUGAUGGCUGAAUUGUCUGAGUGCCAGACUUCCAGGAAUACCCUAGUGUUUUUGGAUUUUGCUUGGAAUCCACAGUUCAGCCCUGAGCUACAUAUAUUCUCUUGUAUUAUUUCACUCAUUCAUCCCUUCCGCAUUUCUCAAGUGAGAAUUACAUUCCUUCACUCAAUUGCAUCACUAAUUAUUCAUCAAUAAUACAUGAUUUUAUAGGAAAUCACAGAGAACAAAAAUAAUUUCAUAUUGUGAGAGAAACAAUCAUAAGAAGUAUUGACAUGAUUUCCAAAAUUUAAAUAUAUUGUCCACAUUUUUCUUUUCACAUUUAAUUGGAAUUAAUAAAUCAGUUUGGAAGUGCUGUGCCUAGGUAUUAUUUCAUUAAAGACCAAAUGAAUUAAAGAACAAGCCUGAAGUUUAAUACUUAGAACUUAAGAGAUAUUAAGCAUCACCUCUGGGCAUUUUAGUAGUAUAAAAAGUGACAUGCCUUGUUGUAUCAACAGAAAAUCCUUGGGUGACUGCAGGAAACUUGUUUUCUGGAGAGUGAGAAACUGAUCCUAAUUCCUUGCCAUCUCUGAAUGUAGUGGAAGUAGUUCUGAGUCUGGGACAAUAACGAGGAGAGGGGAUCUUCAGAAAAGAAUGUGCUGCAGCUCCAACAAAAUGUAUCCUUACACCUGGUUUUAGAGUCAUAAAAGAUGGAACCCUUGGAGUUUUCAUUGCCAAUAUGUUGGUUCGUUGUCUGAGAGUUUGGGGCAUUGGAGUAAGCCAUUUGGAAGGCUGUGAAGAAAUUUGCAGAAAUUUUACAUCUAUGAAAUGCUGGACUUCAUUUCUAUCAUUACAGUUGUCAACUAAUUACAUGGUAACCAUUCUUAUUCAUCUAAUAUUGACUGAAAUGGCAAUGCAGGUACAUUUUUUUGAAUUCUAGAAUAAAAGAGAUAAAUAAGGAAAUUGGACUGUGAACACCCAAAUUACAGAUAUGUUCUAUUAAUAAGAGUGGGCCCUCUUGACGUUAUUGGACAUCAGCAUCCCUGACCAUGACAUUCUGGUUGGGCUUAUGGGAGCUACAUGUUCUCAUCUGCAUGAGGUAAACUAGGGCUAGAACUUAUUUUUGUUGAGCUUAUUUUAAUUAUUUCAAGAUGGCAAAUACAGUACAUAUCUAUAACAUCUCUGUCACUCUGCAACCUUCCUCCAUGCCCUGUUUGGGCAGGGUUUUUUUUGAUUUAAAAUAAAAACUCUACCAGCUCUAGCCAUUGAUGCCUUCUGCUAAGAUGUAACUGAGGUAUUAGAAACCAGAGAGAUUGAUAGAUCUCCGAAGUGGUGAUUAUCAAUGAAAGUAACAUUCAAUUAAGAAAAAUACAGGACAAGCGUACAUUCCAUUCUUGAGAAUUCCACUGAACUUUUCUUCCAUUUAGGAAAGAAAUAUGAAAUCAAUGUCCUUUCUAUCAGAUUUAAAAAGAAUGCCCUGAAAACAGAAGACAUUUUCAAUAUGAUGUUAUCAAAUAGUAAUAAUCAGGAUAUAUGUAAGGAUAUUCCACUGAAGACAUCUAGAUACAAUUCAGGUUCAAAGCAAAAUAGGAGGACCUGUUUCAUUAUUUAAUGCAGUUUGAAUAUCUAAUUGAUAAGAAUUGUGCAGGAACGGAGAUUUGGACAGAGUAUUGGUACCAGGUGAGUGAUUGCUAACUCACAGGUAAUAAAAGAAAAAAUUUGGAAAUUUUUAAAGCUAUCCCAGAGUGGAAACAGCAGCUAAAUAGCAUUGGAGGUACUUAAUUGAUAGAGAAGAGAGAAAGCAGAAGCAAAAAACACUAAAGCCCAAAACGGAGUUUGAUGUUUAAAUUUUAAAUGUGGAUGCUGAAUUUGUAGAGACUAAAUUUAUUAUAAGAAAAAGAAACCCAAAAGAAAACAUUUUUGGAACAGGAUUGGAUAUAAACUGCAAGAAAAAUUUUGAACCUUAAAGGAAGAUUAAAGAAUAAAGAAAAACUCACAAUAGAAUAGCCUUGUCAAAGUUUUUAAAUUGAACUUGAAUUGGAAUGUAAAGUUGGAAAUCAAAAACUUAAAAGAGGAAGAAAGAAAGUUAAUUGGACUUAAUACACAAAACUUGUUUUUGUGUAUUGUUACAUUAUUGAUUUGGAACUAGAGAGCCAUCUACUGGCAGAAAAAAAAAGUACUACAUUGAACAUUUAAAUAUGGGAAAUUUACUGUGUCCUUGAAGAAUGAGCCGUGAGCAUUUGUAAGGAGGGUUUGUUGGUCUUCUCAAGAACUGAACAUUGAUAAUACAAGAGGAAGAAAACAAUAAAUUUUAAAUUGGAAUUAAAAAGCUAGAACGUUAAAAUGUGGUGAAAACUAACAAAUGGUUAAAAUGGUAUGUUUAUCAUUUGAUGUAGAUAGAAAAAAAUCAAGAAUUUUUCCAGAUCACAUUCAACGGAAUGAACAAGAUAUUAAAGACAAGCAAGAAAAUAAUACUGAAGAUAAAGACACUGAUGAAAAAUUAAAUGAUUGCAUUGGGAAUAGCAAUGGAAAAAAGAGUGAAAAACAGUUUUAAUUAUUACACUGAGAUUAACAGUGAAAAAAAUAGAGAGGUCAAAAAGAAGCACAGAGGAAAAAUGGAGAAUAGAUCAGCUGAGAACAAAGGGCAAUCUAGGUGAGAAGUGUUUCUUUUUAAUGAUUACAUUGGGAUUAACAAUGUUAAAAAUAAAAAAUUCAGAGGGGAAAAAUUGAAUGAUUACAUUGGGAAUAACAGUGGGGAAACAAGGAAGGUAAGAGGAGAAAAAGGGAAUAGACCAGAAGAGAA